GUGGGACUCGGGACCAGCACCGGCCACUGUGCCCAACGCUGCCGCUUCAGCAGCAGCCCUCGCGGCAGCGGUUGCGGCCAACGUCGGCGCCACCGGCAGCCCCAGCGGCCCGGGCUGCGCUGAACCUGGAGGCGCUCGAGAAGGCAAAGAAGGCGCUGCAGCUACAGAAAGAAAUCCAGGAAAAGCUCAAAGCAAAGCUUCCGCAGCUCGCCGCUAAGGCUCCGACUGCAGCUGCGGCGAGCUCUGCUGUACCAUUACCGACAACGGCGGGAGCCGCGGCGGGAUUGCCUGUCGCCGUCGCUGCGAACGGUGCCGCCGCCGCCGCCGCAGGGCCCGCUGUUGCGGUUGCUGCCGUAGCCCCAGGUGUGGUUUCGGUGCGGCCCGCACUGGGCCCCGGGGUGCGUCUGCCUGGCGUACCGGCCUCUCUUGCUGCAGCUGCGGCGGCGCUGCUGCCGCCUGGGGGAGCUACCCCGGCCCCGGGGGGACUGGGACUUGGGCCUGGGGGCAAGCCCAUACAGCCAUCGCUGCUCCCAAACGAACCCCAGGCUGCCGGCAUCGCCAGCGUGCUGCCCUCGCCCUCCCUGGCUGCACCGGCUGCCAAGGAGGAGGAGGAGGACGACCGCUUCUAUGACCCGCAGCUGGUCCGGGGCGCGGCGGCGCGCCGCGGCGAGCGCCGACGGCGGGCGGGGUUCGAUUUCGUGCAUGAGGGCCGCUUCCAGCGGGAGGCUGAGCUAUUCAGGCUGAAAUCCCAUUUGGGUGCUGCGGGUUUCCGUAAGGGCGGCCCCCGGGUGAAUGGACCGCUGCUGACGCACUACGGCGGUGCGGCGGCCGACCCCAACCGCGUACCGCUGGGUGCUGGGGCGGCCGCGUUGGACGCUAACUCUGUGCCGCUGGGGGUGCGGGACAAGGCCGCGGCGGCGGCGGCUGCACCCCGGGAGGCAACUCCGGCUCCGGAGGCCGAGCCUGUCCCUGCAGUGGAGUGGUGGGACCGGGGGCUACUGGCCCACGCCUCCCUGGAGCAAGAUGUUCCCGAGCUACCUGCGGAGGCUCACGCAGCUGUCCUGGAGGCCUUGUUCCUGCGGGGCCGUCGCAGUGGGGGGGACGGAGAUGGGGAUGGGGAGGGGGACGAGGACGAUGAGGGGGAGGGGGAGGCUAGGGGUAAAGCCGGCCGGGAAAGGAGCUUGGAUGCGGACAUGGCGGAUGUGGGAGGAGGUCAACAGGAGCAUGAGGAAGAGGGGGAGGGCGGGGGGGGCCGCCAGCGGGGAGUGGAGCUGGCGGCGGCGGCGAGGGCGGCCGUUCAGAAGGCGGCUCUUGCGGCGGCGGCGGGGCAGCUUGGGCCGUUCCUGCUUAAGGAAGCCAGGAUCACUAUCUACGUGGAGCAUCCCGUGCCGCUGGAGCCGCCCGCCGAGGCGCCCCCUCCUCCCCCCCAGCCCCUGAAGCUCACCCAGAAGGAGCUCAAGAAGCUGCGCACUCAGCGGCGAUUGGCGCGAGACAAGGAGAAGCAGGAGCUCAUUCGGCAGGGUCUGUUGGAGCCGCCCAAGCCCAAGGUCCGCAUCGCCAACCUGCACCGAGUGCUGGGCACGGAUGCGGCUCUGGACCCCACGGCGGUGGAGAAGGAGGUUCGCAAGCAGAUGGCGGAACGACAGGCUGCACACGACGACCGCAAUCUGGCAAGGAAGCUGACACCAGCAGAGCGCAGGGAGAAGAAGCUGCGCAAGCUCUUUGGUGCGGCGGCGGUGGAGACGGGUGUUACGGAUGUAGGCGCGCGCGGCACGGGCGCGAAGCGCGGCGCUGCGGCAGCGGCAGCUGCCGCUGCCGCUGCGGCGACGGGCGUGGACGUGAUCUGCAGCGUGUAUCGAGUGGGCCGGUUAACAGACCCACAGCAUCGUUUCAAGGUGGACGCCAAUGCACGGGAGAAUCACAUGACAGGCAUCAUGGUCGUCAGCGACGAAUUUUGUGUGGUGGUGGUGGAGGGCGUCGAGAAGGCCACACGCAGGUACACGAAAUUGAUGAUGAGACGCAUCGAUUGGUCGACGGCGCCGGCGGCGGGCCGACCCGCGGGCCGCGACCCCAACGGUGACGCCGCCAUGGACGACGCUGACGAGGACGAGGAGGACCGGCCACCGCCCAACGUCUGCACUCUGGUGUGGCAAGGCACUGUGCUACGCCGUGCAUUCAACGGCUUCCGUUCCGAGACUGUCCGCUCCGCCGCGGCCGCACGACAGCUGCUCGAGGAUGCGGGCGUGGUGCACUAUUGGGAUGCCGCAGCGGGCGCUGCAGAAGGGGAAUCAGUGCCGUACACCAUUUAG